CGCGGCCGCGAUGUCGCCGCCGGGCCCGGGGCGGCCGGCCGGAGCCGGGGCCGUGCUGCGCUCGGUCAACACGCGGGAGCUCUCCGAGGUCGUGUUCAACAACCACAGCCCCCGCUGCGUGCUGCCCGUCUGGCUGGACUUCGAGGGCCGGCCGCGCUGCUACCCGGUCCUGCAGCCGCGCAGCGGGCGCGUCAUGCGCAGCUACCGGGGGCACCUCUGGCUGUUCCGGGAUGCAGGGACCAAUGACGGGCUGCUCGUCAACCAGCAGGAGCUGUUCGUGGCAGCCCCCGAUGUGACCAAAGCUGACAUCACACUGCCAGUGUUCACCCUGAAGGAGAGGUGUCUGCAGGUGGUGCGCAGCCUGGUCAGCCCCGUGGACUACAGGAAACUGGACAUUGUUCAGUCGUUAUACGAAGAGCUGGAGGAUCAUCCUGACAUUUGGAAGGAUCUUCGGCGGCUUUCUCUGGAGAGGAAUGAGGCACUGAGGAACUAAAUUGUGGAAUAACGGGAUUACUCACUCCAGACUCCUCGUUACAAACCACUGAGUCUGAGCAGCGAGAAUUGCCAGGACACACACCAACCGAUGCCUCCGUUUAAAUUUGAAACAUAAACUCAAUAACUUUGGUGACAGUAAAACCCCAAAGACUGAGCAGCACUGGGAGGCAUGCUGGGUUCUGAUGGUUCAGUUCAUUUUUUCAUUACAGGUAUUGCAAACUGUAGGGUAAGAUCAGGGCAGCUAAAUGGAAAAUAUUCAUGCAAAGUUAUUUUCAUUGUAUUAGAAAGCAAAUUACACCAGUGAUUAAUUUAGCCCAGACUAAUGGCUGUGAGUGUCAUGGGUUUUGUUUGAGUAAUUUGUUUUGAUGGAAUUUCCCUUUCACAUGUCACCUCAAUGUGCCUGUGGGUCACGGAGCAUCAGGGUUUGCACAUGAGGGUUUCCAGCAGUGCCUGAGGGUCUGACAAACGUUACAUUGGUGGGAAGAUGAUGUGUAAAUGUUGCAGGUUAUUCUGCCUCUUACCUUUCCACGUACAAAGCCAUGUCCUAUCUGCUCUAGCUCUGACAUGUUCUUACUGUCAUCAUACCUCAAAUGCCUUAUUUGCCUUUGUCACAGGAGUCUUGCCUGGCUGAUCUCAGCCACGCAGACCAGACCCUUGUUUUGGAGCACCCUUGUCCCCCCCAGCUGCUUCCCCAGCAGCCCGUACAGGGCUCACAGGAAGCAGAUGCUUUAAGUUCUGUCUUUUCCCCUCGCAGUGCUGUAGUCCAGGUCGCAGCAGGAGCCUUUCCAGGGAGCAUGGGCCUCUUGAGCUGCCUGUAUCUCCUCAGGACCAGUGGGAGCUGUAUUGGCUCACACAGCCAGCUCACAAACAGGGCCAUGCUUACUGGCAGGCUGGAGAAGGAGAGAUGAUGUUUCUUUGCCUGUGUGUUCCCCACAUCUCAGUGGAAUGUGCUCUGGUGUGAACACAGAGUUCAGUGCAGCAUAGUUCAGUGUUGGAUGAGUUGUCCAUCAAGCAAGAUGUGGUGCAGCUCAGGUUAGAAGCAAGAUUGGUUGGAGAUUGAUUACAGCAGGUUAUUUCUGUGAGUAUGUUUCCCUCCAGUUGUACAUUUUGAGAUUAGCUGUGAAAUCGAGAAUCUCAAUGUAUUUUGUAAGUAUGGAAUGUCUCCCUAUUUGUAAACUUGUUUCUCUUACAUAUUUGAAGAAAUUGAUCUUUGACAUAAAAAUGGAAAUGCA